AACCCCUAACCCCCUCCCCCCUGUUUCCCUCGCCACGCUCAAAUAUACCAGACUACGAAAACUUUGCUGGAUGUUUCAGGAGAAACAUUUCAGGACCAGAUUUUCAUUCAUUUCUGUACAUUAAGUACGCUCAUUAAAUCGAGUUUUAUCAGUUUUUCAAAAGCGGACUUUUUGUGUCGAUAAAUUAGAACACUAGAAACAUUGUUUCUGAAGGAGCGGAGGCAAGGCAGCGACCUAAGCCUUUUUAUUAUUCAUCUAAUCUCCACAGUCACCUCUUUUCCAUUAAUUGGACUUCUGACAGUUGCAGGAUUUUGUGACCAGCUCUGCUGGUCCCCUCAGAUACAAAGCUGUAUGUGUUCAGCAACAAGGCUGAUGUUAAACCACUGGGAUCUGCACCUAUUCCCCCCACAACCAGACCUGUCAGACACUGGUGGUGGGAGAACUUCAACACUCUUCUGGUCUGGACAACUGUGUGACAUGGAUCUCUCUCUGUUGGUGGCCUUCUGCUCCUGUGUUCCUGCUGCUUUGGGGUCAGGAUUUGGCAGGGAGAUGCCAGGGUCAUCUAUAGGCAGGGACAUGCCAGCAUUGACGAUGGAUGAAAAAGACUAUGAUGCUGCGUUUCACUACGACUAUGAAUCUCUGAGGAUCGGUGGACUGAUCUUCGCUGUGGUACUGUUUGUCAUGGGCAUUGUCCUCAUCGUCAGCCGGAAAUGCCCAUGCAAAUCAAGUCCGAAGUCACGGCCUGCUGGAGUACCUGAGGCAGAGGCAGGGGCUGUGACAAGUCCAAAGUGAUGUGAAGUCUCGCCACCAGGCGGCAGCAUCGGACAGUAGAGUGCUACUAUGGCCGUCUCCCAGAGCACAAGGCUCCUUUUUUUAAAUUCCAUCCUGCUGAUAUGUUCUCUUGACAUCUUUUUUUGCUUUUCUCUUUUUUUCUAUAUGAAUGAAUCUACAGCGACAGUAUUGAGGACAUAAUUGGUUGGUGCAGUAGGGUUGUUUAAUUGUAGGCUAUACACCUGUCAUACGUCAUAGACACAAGCGAUUUUUGUAAGUUAUAACUUGACUAUGGCUAUUUUAAAUUGUAAUAUUUCCACACUGAAAUAAAGUGAUGUACAUGGGUAA